AUGUCUGAAGACACUACCACCAACGCCACACCAACCCCAUUCCCCUUCCUACGCCUACCCCUAGAGCUCCGCGAACAAAUCUACUCCAUCUACUUCACGCCCGCCGACCACCUCGUCCGCAGCGAAGAGCUAGAAGCGAAAGGCUUCUACGGCGGCGUCUACCAAUGGGACUUCAACCUCUGGCUCGCAAACAAACAAAUUUACGCCGAAGCGAAGACAGUAUGGAGACGAGAAAACGUCUUCGUCAAGAUUGCUACUCCUUGGCCGAGCGCGGGUAUGUAUCGCGUUUAUCUAAUGGCUACGGAUGGUGUACCAGAGCAAUUGGAACUUACCGGUCGCCGAGGACGCCUUAACCACAUUUCCUCCGAGGGUCUUGUGCCGAUUGUUUGUACGGAUGCGCGCGCCGAUGCGUUUAACGAUUUCCACGCUGUUGUGCAGAUUACCGCGCCGUUUCAUGGCGAGGUACCUGAGCAUAUGGUUGUUAUGCUGGUGGACGAUCUACCCCUCUUCACGAAGACUUGGUACUACAGUGCGUUGUCUUAUCCUAUGCUUAACGAGCGCCUAUCUACUACGUUCGUUCUGCGGGAUCCGUAUGGCGAGAAUGGCGAGGCAGUCAUAGGGGAAGAACAGCAAGACUACAACAUCCCCCUCCCUCUCCAACGCAAGCUCCUCCUCCCAUUCGAACAUGUCAAGGGCCUCAACAGCACUCACAUCCAUGGUUACUCCCCUGUUGUCCGCGAAGAACUUGCCAAGCUCCAAGCCAUCCCAAUACCCACACUCCGCGAAUCCGUCGAAAACGCUACAGACCACAUGCUAGCCGGCGACGUCCUCCUCGCCUCCGCCACACCCUCUCCAGACAACACCCUCACCACCGACGAAAAGCACAUCGCCGCCCAACAAGCCCUCGAUCUCUACAACAAAGCCUUCCACUCCAUCCACAUCCUCAUCUCCGGCCGCACCCGCCGCGUCCUCGCCGAUGACUUCUUCCACGAAGCCAUAACCACGGGCCGUUACGCCGGCCAAACCGGCAUAACCAUCCGCGUAGUCCUGCGCCUCAAACUCGUCUCGCGCACCAUCGCCGCCUACAACGCUCUCGGCCAAUACGCCGAAGCCGCCUUCUGGGGUUUCCGCAGCAUAAAAAUCUUGCAGGAGAGUCUGAACCCUGAUUUCGAACACUUCUUGACGGAGUUUCUCGAGGGAAGUGAUGUAGGUUGGAUUUACGUGAGAGCUGGGUUGGCGUUUUGGCAGAUGGAGAGGGAUAGGGAGGCUUGGAUGGGCGAGUGGAUUGGGUAUGCGGAGGAGCCGUUGGCGGGAAGUGAGCGGUUGUGGCAGGAGGCGAGGCGGUAUGUUAAGAGUGCUGCGAGGGAGGGGGUUAGGAAGGAGCUGCAGGGGUAUGGGGUACCGGGAGUUUAUCUCAUAUUUGGCGACUAUAAGAGUAGGGAGGAGGCGGAGAGUAUGGUUGCGGAUGAUGGGAGUAGUACGAGUGAGGAGUGA